GGUGGGUGGAGUUCCCCGCCCUCCCGGUCUCCUCCUGGCCUCCCACAGACCCGGCCUCAAUCCCGGCUCGACAUGUCCAGCCUCCAGGAACUAUGCUCCGGGCUGCCGCUGCGGCCCCUCCCGGAGAACCGAGGCCGCUGGGCUGGGGUGCCCCAUGCCCCGGUCAGGACGCCGGGCCUCAGCCCUGCAGAGCAGCAGCUGGCGCUAAGGAACGCCCUGCGCUACUUCCCCCCGGACGUCCAGGAGCUGCUGGCCCCCGAGUUCGCCCAGGAGCUGCGUCUGUACGGCCACAUCUACAUGUACCGCUUCUGCCCCGACGUGGAGAUGAAGGCCUACCCGAUCGAUCGGUACCCCUGCCGGACGAAAGCCGCUGCUGCCAUCAUGCACAUGCUCAUGAACAACCUGGACCCCGCCGUGGCCCAGGUAACAGCCGGGGAAACUGAGGCCCGGCACCGUCCAACAGAAACCUCACAUGAGACACGAGGUUUGAAGCUCACAGGCGUGAGCCACCGCGCCCGGCCUAUAAUACCAUUUUUAGGAGAACAAAAUCUGUUUGCAAAAUCUCUGGGAGGUGGAAAAGGACCGGAAUUGGGGGGCUAUAGGCUUAUUACAUCCGCUCUUUUUUUUAAACCUCCCAGAGGGGGCGGCUGGGAGGAGGGGGGCGCAGCCCUGGGCUUGGUUCCCUUCUCUGUGGUCAGGUACGGCCAGAUGACCGCAGGCAGCUACUGCUACAUCGGUCCCCAGGGCAUUGUCCACGGCACGGUGCUGACGGUGUUGAAUGCCGCACGUCGCUACCUGGGCGUCGAGGACUUGGCCGGGAAGGUCUUCGUCACCUCUGGGCUCGGUGGCAUGAGUGGGGCCCAGGCCAAGGCCGCCGUCAUCGUGGGGUGCAUCGGCGUGAUAGCAGAGGUGGAUAGAGCCGCCCUGGAGAAGCGCCGCAGGCAAGGCUGGCUGAUGGAAGUGACCGACAGCUUGGACCGCUGCAUCGAGAGACUCAGGGAAGCAAGGACCAGAAAGGAGGUGCUCAGCCUUGGUUACCACGGCAACGUGGUGGCGCUUUGGGAGCGCCUGGUGCACGUGUUGGACACCACGGGGGAGGGUGAGGCGAUUAACGGGGGAUUCGGCCUCGUGCUGGACGGGACCCCGGAGGCCGAGCAGAAAGCCAGGAUGAUGCUCGGCUGGGACGUCUGCAACGGCGUGGCCCGGCGCUGCUGGGCUGGGAACCCGAAGGCCUACGAGAUCAUCCGCCAGACCAUGCGGGAGAACAGCGGCCUGGUGGUGACGCUCCCCCACGAACCGGCGGGGUCUGGGGGCCCAGGCCGCGUGGACCGUCUGGCGGGCUGGACGCGGACGCUUGCUUCAGCCUGCAGGCUUUCGUGCUACCAGCACCGCGGGCGUCCUCCUGGGCCGUCCUGGGGGGGAGGCCUCAGGCGGUCUCCCCGCCCCGGCGCCCUGCUCUGCCGGCUGAGGCUGCUGUCACCGUCCCCUCCGCAGGUGGUGGGCUCCCAGGCCCGGAUCCUGUACUCCGACCAGAAGGGUCGCGUGGCCAUCGCUGUGGCCAUCAAUGAGGCCAUCAGGCAAGGCAAGAUCAAGGUGAGGACUCCUGCGCUCGGCGGGGCUUCCCCGAGGCUGCCCCCGUCGCCUCCCUGGGGCUUCAGCCUGCGCACCCCACAUCUGUCGGGGCUCAGCCCCACCAGGGAGCUUAGCGCUCCCCUGACCAUGCCCCAAACUACCACCUUUUUACCGAAACCUGGUUUCCCUGGAGACUUUGCUCCCUGGGACCGGACGGGCAGAGCGGCUCAGAGAUGCAGCACUGGGGUGGCCGCCGCGGGUGUCCCUCCCGGCGGUGGUGACUGUCCGGGGCUGUGCCUGCAGGAGCGGACGUGGGGAAGGAAGGCGCCGGUAGGACGGAGUUCCGCUACCCGUCGUACGUCCAGCACAUCAUGGGGAGCGGACGUGGGGAAGGAAGGCGCCGGUAGGACGGAGUUCCGCUACCCGUCGUACGUCCAGCACAUCAUGGGUGUCAGGGUCCCGGGCGCUCGGGCUGGAAAAGCUCCGGCCUCUGACCUCCCCUCGCCGGUCCUCGGUGGACACGAGCUGGCACCCCAGAGGGAUGGAGCUGGGGAAGACAAGCUCCCCAGGAGGCAGGUGGCCCACAAGGGAUGCACUAGGCUGGCCUGGCCAGUGCAGGAGCUGGCGCAGGGGCUUGGGGAUGCCAGCCCACUGCACCCCGCCAUGAUCACCUGGGAAGCUGACCCUGGUCCCACGUCUCUUAAAUUCUUUUGCGCCUCCUGCAUCUGGGUGCUUCAUCAGGAUGACUACAGGGAAGGAGGAUGGGGCCAAGGGGCGUGUGUCCCCAGCUCCCUGCUCGCCCUGUUGUUGCCCCAUUCUCCAGGCCUGAGCCUGUCGCGGCCCCGCGCCCGGCCCCCCGCCCCCGGCGCAGGGAGUGACGGGCGGGCGGUGGCUUCUGUCUCCCCAGACAUGGCCGUGCAGAACUUUGUGGGCGACGCCUUUCGCGGAGCCACCUGGGUGGCGCUUCACAACGGAGGGGGCGUGGGCUGGGGUGAGGCGAUUAACGGGGGAUUCGGCCUCGUGCUGGACGGGACCCCGGAGGCCGAGCAGAAAGCCAGGAUGAUGCUCGGCUGGGACGUCUGCAACGGCGUGGCCCGGCGCUGCUGGGCUGGGAACCCGAAGGCCUACGAGAUCAUCCGCCAGACCAUGCGGGAGAACAGCGGCCUGGUGGUGACGCUC